AUGAAUCGUCGACAUUUACCAAUUCAACCGAUCCGAAGGGAUUCGGAAAGCUUUGAAUUGGACACUCAGAAACAAAUGAUUAUGGAUGACACGGUGGAGAACAAAAUUAUUGGACAAAUGAACUAUAUACGUAUGUUUCUUGCCGACAAACUGGUCUUCCCACCAGAUACAAAAGAAUACAAAUUUGAAUUUAAAGAUCUCGAAGAAUUAGGAUCACUUGGUAAUGGAAGUUUUGGAACUGUAAAGAAGAUGCGACAUACAGCUACGGGCACGGAAAUGGCUGUGAAAGUACGUCCGCUACGAUUUUCGAAAAUUGCAUCAUCGUCAGAAAAAAUCGAUAGUUUUGCAGAAUCACUAAUACGUAUUAGUAAUGAUAAAAGAGUAAAAGUCACGGAGUUACGGCGUGUUCGGAUAGUCAGCUCUGGUGUGGAUGAUGUUGCCAGUUGCCGUUCAAUGAAACGGCUUCAACAAGAAGUAGAUGCUAUCAAAUCAGCCAGUAACUGUAAGCAGAUCGUGCAAUUUUACGGAAUAACGUUCCACGAGGGAGAUGGACUAGUUUGUAUGGAACUGAUGGAUAUUUCAUUGGAACGACUCUAUAUGGCUGUACACGAUUUGGGUUAUCCUGCAUUUGAUGAGAAUACGUUAGGAAGUGUUGCUAUCAAUACCAUCAUCGCUUUGAACCAUAUGAAAAGUCAAUAUCAUAUUAUUCACCGCGAUGUGAAACCUUCAAAUAUUCUGUUGAAUAGGAAAGGAGAAGUAAAACUGUGUGAUUUCGGUAUCUGCGGAUAUCUACAAGAUUCGGUGGCUCAGACUCAGGAUGCUGGAUGUCGGCCAUAUAUGGCUCCUGAACGUCUGAUGACAUUUUCAAAAGGAUACGAUAUCAGAUCCGAUGUUUGGUCCCUAGGCAUAUCGAUGGUAGAAGUGGCAAAUUUUGCCUUUCCCUAUCCGGGAUUCACAACAGCGCCAUUAUUUGCUCAAUUGGAUCUCGUCGUGCAUGGUGAUGCACCAAUGGUGUCUAAUCCCCUUUACUCGACUAAAACCAAAAACUUCAUACAUUACUGUGAAUUGGUUGGAGCAUACGUGGCUGAAAUACUCAGUAAAAUCGACUCUUUGUAG